GAUUCCUCUUCAGCUGGAUACCAAAAAAAUUUAUUAUUUUUAUGAAUAACUUGCCACUUUUGUAGGUCACUUGCCAGUUGCCACACUUUUGUGGGUCCUUUUCCUUCUGCUGGCCUGCUUAUCCUCAUGAAUGAACACAGAAAACUUCUGUUAAACAAGGAGAGAGAGACAGAGAGAGGAAACGCCGGAGCACCAAGGGGAAGAGAAAGAGAUGGCGCUGGAGAUCAUCAACAUAAUCAAGACGUACAUGGAGGGAGAGAUCAGCAUCUGCAUAAAGGUAUACCUUGUGGCCUUCGUAUCUUUAAGCUACUGCUAUUUUGCUGGAAAGAUAGUCCCAAAAGGAACACUCAGGCUUUUCACACUCAUCCCUGUCAUAUGUCUCAACCUACUCCUCCCUCUCCCUCUCCACACCAUGCAUCUUGGAGGCUCAACUGCUUUCUUCUUAGCUUGGCUUGCCAACUUCAAACUCCUCCUGUUUGCCUCUGGUAAGGGCCCUUUAUCUGAUCCUUCUCUCUCUCUACCCCGCUUCAUUGCCCUUGCUUGUCUCCCCAUCAAGAUUCAACAAGCUACACAAUUUAAGAACACUAAUCCUUCUCAAAACCCACUAAAAGAUCAGAUUAAAGAAAACCCAUCUCCCAAAACCUCCCAAAAAGGUCUCAAAUCAGUGUGGAAUUAUGCCAUAAAGUGUCUACUUAUAGCUAUAAUCCUUCGGGUAUAUGAGUAUUCGGAUCAUAUCCAUCCAUAUAUUUUACUGGGUAUCUAUAGUUGUCAUAUAUACUUUGGUUUGGAGAUUGUGCUAGCCAUAGUGGGAGGACUAGCUCGAGCCCUUCUGGGUAUAGAGCUCGAGCCACAGUUCGACGAGCCCUACCUCUCAUCCUCACUCCAAGACUUCUGGGGAAGAAGAUGGAACAUUAUGGUGACCCGAAUCUUACACCCGACUGUAUACCUGCCUGUGCUCCAAACAUCAGCACGGGUCAUAGACAGAAAAUGGGCCCCACUGCCGGCAAUUUUUAGCACAUUUAUGGUUUCGGCCUUAAUGCAUGAGCUCAUCUUUUAUUACUUGGGCCGUAUGUGGCCCACUUGGGAGCUCACAUGUUUCUUUCUGCUCCAUGGUGUGUGUUUGAUGGUGGAGUUGGUGAUCAAGAAGGCAGUUUCCGGCAGGUGGCGGUUGCCGCUGAUCAUCACAGGGCCGUGUAUUAUCGGGUUCGUGAUGGUUACCGCCUUUUGGCUGUUUUUCCCUCAAUUUUUGAGGUGUAAUUCUAUGGAUAGAGCAAUUGGAGAGUACACAGCAAUGGGGGCGUUCGUAAGAGAUGUUGGUGCGGCGUUGACGUUUAAGUCUGUCAAUAAUGCAACAAGAGUUUAGUGGGCUUGGUGACCCCUUUGAAUGUUGUACUUGUAAUGAACUCCUAGCUUGUGGGGAUCGAAUUCAAGUUUUAUUUGUAACGAGCACAGCACGAUUAUUUUUCCUCACUUUCGAACCCUAAGCAUCAUUAUUUAGAAUGAAUUAGUCGCACUUUUUGAAAACGAUAACAAAAUAAUCUAACUUCAUAUGAUUGGUCAC